GCAGCCUUCCGUGCAGAUCUCGAUGACUUUGAGUGGACCUUUGUGCAAGGCACGGUUCGACAUACCGAAGGCAACUGGUCCCUGUACACAGCACAAUUCUCGCAUCUUCCACUUUACACAUACUACAACCCUUUUGAUCCUGCUUCUAUCUUGCAGACUCAUGACGACCUUGCGCGGAUUAUAGUCGAAGAGGGCCCAUUCGAUGGUAUUCUGGGCUAUUCAGGCGGUGCUGCGUUAGCAGCAGAGAUCUUGGCUCAGGCAACCUAUGAUGAUCCCUUUGCCAUGGAACGACCGUUUCGAUUUGCAGUCUUCAUCAACGGAGCAUCUCCCCUGCGCUGUUUUGCUAUGAAGGACGCCCAAGUCAUCGAGGACAUCGUCGUAGAUUCCGCACCCAUGACCGAGCAGGCAGAGAAUAUGUUUCUUCGUCCGAGUGCGCUGCGAAAGAAGGACGGAGUCAGCGAACAGGACCAGGUCGACCAUGCAAAACUACUGUCGUUGCUCAAGAAACUCAAGGGCAAGAAGUUGGUCGAUGGAACAACGUUUCUAUCCAACGGAACGCAUGGCCUUUGUAGA